AUGUCGAACAAAAAUGCUGCUGAAUCUGUUGCUCCCUCUUUCCCCCCUCCAAAAACAAUCGGCGAAUUUAAAAAAGCCAUUGACCUCGUAGAGGACUGGAUCAAAGAACUUGAGGCCUCAAAGGCCCUGCUCACGUUGGAGCGCACGAAAACACCUAAGCACAGACGUCACGUCAAAACGCGGGCGUUGAAGGCGAUGACGCAAAAGAUUGAGGAAGCUGAAGUCCAAUUGGCCGGCUUACGCAAUGGUCUCGUUCUGGUGGAGUCUGGGGAACAGGAUUCUCCCCGCCCGCCACUUCUCUCUCCGACACCCGACUCUCCACGUCCCUCCACCACACCCGACUCUCCACGUCCCUCCACCACACCCGACUCUCCACGUCGUCCCUCCACCACACCCGACUCUCCACGUCCCUCCACCACACCCGACUCUCCUUUAACCCAGUUGGGUGACGAUGAUGCCCAUGGAGAACCAGACCCCUCGUUUGGCAGCGGUGGCCCUGGCGAGGGCAGGUCUUCUCAGAACGGCGCAGACCCCUCUUUGAAGGCCCUUGGCGAAGCGGGCGACGACUCAGGCGGUGGUAGCGAGAGGGAAAUGGAAGGCACGAUUGCACAAAACGAUGAUGGAUUAGAAAGGUCCAAGGUCGCCCUCGACGCCUUCCAUUGGAAUUUGUACACGCAAAUCUCCGCCCUCAUCGACGAAGAUGAAGAAACAUCAAUUCUUGAUAGCGAUAGUCUGGCGAAGUACAUGAACAGUAUACUUCUGGCCAUCGAAGGGGGGAGCGAGAACAGUGACGAGGAAGAAGAGGAGCCCGAGACCCGAGGGAUACUGGAAGGUGAUGAUAACGAGGAAGGCGUAUGGGGGUGGGGGGUAUUCAAGGAAGCCAGGGUCCUCCUCGACCAGUACGAGGAGAUGGGCGUUCUGAGCGUCGGUGACCGCUCAGCGAUGUUGCGCCGCCUAUACGACGUCAUUUGCUGGGACCGUCGUUUUGUCGAAACGCACGGGGCGAGGGAGGAGGAGGAGGAGCCACAGAAGCGCGUAGAGGACGGCAACGAGCAGGGACGGUUGCAGGGACCGCAAGAGGAGGUAAUAGGGAAGGCAACCGACGGCGAUGUAACCGAUGUAACCGAUGGCGACACUCAGAAGACGAAGGGAAAGGAGAAGACGAAGGGAAAGGAGAAGACGAAGGGAAAGGAGAAGGCGGUCGAUGUCAACAACGACGAGAACGACGCUGAGGAGGCCGGGGGGGAGGGGGAGGGGGAGGAGGAGGAGGAGGAGGAAAAAUCCUUAACCCGCGAGCAGAUCAUCGCGAAACGAAUGUGUGAGUUAUCGCUCAACUCGAUGUGGGGUAUGGCUAAUCUUUCGAAACUGUCCCAAGCCAAUGCGUACAACGCCUUGUGUAACGCAAUGACUUUCGAGCACGACAUUCCAAACGGUCCUCGCUGGGACGCUCGUCGUUUUGCAGAGAUGCUACACCUUUACGGGACAGGGUCCAUCAAUAUCGCGAUGGAAACCUUCAUUGUCCGCAAGGGACUCACCCGAUGCCACUACCACACACUGUCGGAUAGGACGUCGAAGAAGAACGAUGACACGCGCGAUGGAGUGACAGGGGUCCACUUCAAGCCGACGAAGACCGUUUCUGCCCCUGCCAGGAACCUUCGUCUUAUCCCCGACAGGCUUCCUGGUACCAUCCCCCGCCUGAAAGGCGCAGUCGAGAUGCCAAAGGAAGGUCCGAGUGGCGUCAACGGCCUCACGUACCACGAGCUGCGCGAGUUCUUCCCUGUCACGGAAAAUGGCCGACGUCAACUGCAUUGCGGCUGCGAUCUCCAAGAAGCGCUCACGGACUUCUUCUUUUGGAAGGGUUUUCCUUACAUCUCGUCGUUUUCGAAGGAUACUGAAGAGCUCUUCGGUAUGCCCGUCUCUCCCCGAAUUCGGACUUGGUUCUGCACCAUUCUCGACGCCCUCUCGGUCAAUGUGCGAGACCUUUACGCCUACGACAAGCAAGGUAACCGCCGCACUGAGGAGGAUAUUGUGAAGGCGAGGAUCCGCCGUCUUUGGGAUACGAUUGCGGAGAACGUCGAGGACAACAUGGUUCUUAGGCCGAAGAGGCCUCGUUCAGAUGUUGAGGAUGACGGUGACCCUGGCCCUUCGAAACGUCGUAAAUAA